AUGGAGCUAGGCAAUCUCAAGAAACUACAGUGGCUAGGAUUGUCACAAAACGAGUUUACUGGCUCUGUCCCUGCAAGUAUUUUCAACAUGUCACCACUGUUGUUCCUAUCUCUUUCACUAAACAAGUUUUCAGGUACUCUACCUUCAGAUUUAGGUCGUGGAAUGCCCAUCCUAGAAUACUUUCUUUGUGGAGGAAAUAAUCUGAGUGGUUUUAUCUCUGCUUCAAUCUCAAAUUCUUCAAGACUCAAAAUGCUUGAUCUCGCAAGCAAUAGUUUCACAGCUCCAAUUCCUGAAUCACUUGGUAACUUAGAAUACCUCGAGCUUCUUAACUUGAAGAAUAAUAAUUUUUCCAGCGAUUUAGCAUUGAGCUUCCUUACUUCUUUGACAAACUGUAGGAAUCUAAGAGUAAUCUUGUUUGGUGAUAAUCCCUUGGGUGGUAUUUUUCCUGCAUCAUUAGGGAAUUUCUCUGACUCUCUACAGGUUUUUGAAGGAUCAGAUUGUAAACUUAAGGGCAUCAUUUCUGAAGAAAUUGGUAAUCUUACUGGUCUGAUAAGGAUGGGUCUGGUUAACAAUGAGUUGACUGGACAUAGUCCAAGAACUGUCCACGGCAUGCUAAACAUUCAACAACUUUACCUACAAAGCAACAAGAUAGAUGGAACCAUACCAGAUGUUGUCUGUCGUUUAAAGAAUCUUGGUGCAUUAGACUUGUCAGGAAAUCAGUUUUCUGGUUCACUGCCACCAUGCUUAGGGAAUGUUACUAGUUUGAGGAAACUUUAUCUAUCUUACAACAGGCUGAAUUCUAGAUUACCUACAAGCUUGGGGGCCCUUCGCAAUCUCAUAGAAUUCAAUAUUUCAUCCAAUUUUUUUAGUGAGAAAAUUCCCCUUGAGAUUGGAAACUUAAAGGCUGCAUCACUCAUUGAUCUGUCAAAAAAUGAUUUUUCUGGUAAGAUUCCUAGCACUCUAGGGGGUCUAGAUAAAUUGAUUAAACUUUCUCUAGCACAUAAUACAUUAGAGGGGCCUAUUCCGGAAUCAUUUAGCAAAAUGUGGGCCUUGGAUUUCUUGGAUCUGUCAUUAGAAGCUCUUGUUCAAUCUUUCCUGUCCAAUGAUGCACUUCGUGGUGAAUCCCGAUUUAAUGUGAAACCAUGCGUAACCAAAUCUACAGAGAAGUCAAGAAGAAAACAAGUGCUUACAUGUUUAUAUAUUCUGUUAGGGAUUGGAUCACUCCUCGCGUUAGCCGUUGGAUAUAUGGUGCUAAGAUUGAGAAACACAAAGAAGAAUGCAAGUCAAGGAGAUGUGUCUCUAGUAAAAGGGCAUGAAAGAAUUUCCUAUUAUGAACUUGAACAGGCAACAGAAGGAUUCAACGAAAGCAACUUGCUUGGUAAUGGGGGUUUCAGCAUGGUCUACAAAGGGAUACUUAAAGAUGGCACCGUUUUGGCAGCAAAGGUAUUCAAUGUGCAAUUGGAGGGUGCAUUCAAAAGUUUUGACAUAGAAUGUGAGAUACCCCGGAACCUUCGCCACAGAAAUCUAACCAAAGUCAUCACCAGCUGCUCCAACCUUGAUUUCAAAGCCUUAGUGUUGGAAUACAUGUUCAAUGAGACACUUGAUAAAUGGUUAUACUCUCACAAUUUGUUCUUGAACUUAUUGCAAAGAUUAGAUAUAAUGACAGAUGUUGCAUCUGCAAUGGACUAUCUGCACAAUGGCUAUUCAACAGCUGUGGUGCAUUGUGACUUGAAGCCAAGCAAUGUCUUGCUAGAUCAAGAAACGCUUGGUCAUGUCAGUGAUUUUGGCAUUGCGAAGUUGUUAGGUGAAGGGGAGGCUUUUGUUCAAACAAGGACAAUUGCAACCAUUGGAUAUAUUGCUCCAGAGUAUGGACAAGAUGGAAUAGUAUCCACGAAUUGUGACGUUUAUAGUUUUGGUAUCCUAAUGAUGGAGACGUUUACAAGGAAGAAACCAAGUGAUGAAAUAUUUACUGAAAACUUGAGCAUACAACGUUGGGUUAGUGAUUCCUUCCCAAGUGAAAUUCAUAAAGUGGUGGAUUCUAAUUUGGUACAACCAGUUGAUGAACAAAUCGACGCGAAGAUGCAAUGUUUGUUAUCUAUCAUGGAAUUAGCUUUGAGCUGCACUUUAGUGACACCUGAUGCAAGGAUUAGCAUGGAGGAUGCUCUUUCAACACUUAAAAAGAUUAGGCUCCGGCUUGUCAGUAGUCGGCACUAG